AUAUAUAUGAUUAUGAGCUCACAACAUUGAUUCAUGAUAGCAACCUUUAUUAUAUUUUGCUUACAAAUCAUUAAAUAUCAUCAUGACCAAGAUGACACAAUAUUCUUGUUUAGUGAUCUUUCUUGUUCUUAGUCCUUAUUGUUGUGUUUUUGCUCAACUAACUCCAUUUUUCUACCGAGUGAGUUGUCCAAAAGCUGAAAGAGUUGUUAAACAAGUUGUCUUAGAAGCAUUUCAAAAGGACUCUUCGAUCACUGCUGGCUUGCUUCGUAUGCACUUCCAUGACUGCUUUGUUCGGGGUUGUGAUGCAUCUAUACUAAUUAACUCCACAUCGAAAAAGCCCUCAGAAAAAGAUGCAGGACCGAAUUUGACAGUACGAGGGUAUGAGCUCAUUGAUGAGGCCAAGAGAAGGCUCGAAAUCAUAUGCCCUUCACAAGUCUCGUGUGCAGACAUCAUAACCCUAGCCACUCGGGACUCAGUUGUCCUUGCUGGUGGACCAAACUACGCUGUUCCAACUGGCAGAAGAGAUGGACUUAUCUCAAAACCCGAUGAAGUCAACUUGCCCGGACCAGAUGAAUCUAUCACUUCUGCUUUUGCCACUUUCAAAGAUAAUGGGAUGACCCUAAACGAAAUGGUAGCUCUUCUCGGUGCACACACAGUUGGAUUUGCUCAUUGUAAUUUCUUUUCAGACCGACUCUCAAAUUUUCAAGGCACAGGUAAACCUGAUCCCACUAUGGACCCUAAGCUGGUUACCAAGCUUAAAGCAUUAUGUGCUGUUGGGAGUGCUCCAAAAGUAUUUUUGGAUCAAAAUACUAGUAAUGUUUUCGAUAAUGAGUUCUACCGCCAAAUACGUUUGAAAAGAGGAGUUCUAAAGAUUGAUCAAGAGCUUGCAACAGAUCCUGCCUCUUCUAGUUAUGUUUCCACUUUAGCUUCGAAUCCAGCCUUGUUCUCUAAAGAUUUCGGCAAUGCCAUGACUAAGAUGGGAAGAAUCGCUACUGUGGGAAAAGAGGGUGAGAUUAGGAAGAAUUGUGCAGUUUUUAACCCUCGUCCAAAGAGUUUAAUCAGUAGUGUUGUAGACAUUGUUGAGGAAAUUAUUGAGUAGGUUUCCAAAAAUUAUACCUCAUCAAUUCGAAAGAGAAGAUGAAUCUCUUCAUGCCUCAAGUGAACUCCCUAAAGAGAGAUUCCUCUAAAAAUUGAAGUAUGGUUUAGUAGUUAAUUUACUUCAUAUGAAUUAGUUAUUGUUGUCUUAAUGGCUUUAAUAUUUUAUGAACUAAAAUAAUCUCCAAUAUAAAGCUAUGCGUAGAAGUGUUUUUCAACAUACAUGAAACUAUCUCUCUAUUCAUUUCUUGCAAUAAUUGCUAUCAAAUCACAGGAAUAAUGUUGUUAAGUUGUAAUCAAACAACCUAAACAAUCCCCUAAUUAGUUAUACUACAAAAAUUAAAAAGGUGCGUGGUGUGAAAUUUUUACACAAUGGGAUUUGAUUCAAGUACAGCUCCUUCAGUAAUUUUCCAACCUGAACUGGAACAAGACAUUUCGUAUCUCGUCGUGUAAGUUCUGCUGUUCGAGUCAUUGUGCUCGGGGUGGAGAACAUCAGUUAACUGUGCAGAUUCUUCGAUGGUUGCUUCCACCACAGCCCGCUGUCCAUCGAGUGACACUGUUACGCUAUCAACACUCAGGUUUGUCAAAGAGUAAUCAUAGAACCAACCGAGUUGGGCAAUCUCAGCCGCACGAUCUGUCCAUAUCUUCAACAUCCCACCAUCCAAAA